AUGGGUGAAACCCAGCUACUAAACAUUCCAUCGGCGGUCGUCGCAUUCGGCAUCUUAGCAGAUACCGGCCGUAUUCAACCAGCCAUCCCACUUGGAUUCAUGAUUGUGAUUCUGACAUGUUACAGCGUGGUGUAUGCCUUCCCAAACAAUAGUGGUCCGUAUGCCGCGACGAUUAUCGCCGGAGGUUUCUCGACUGCGUUGUAA